ACACUUUUGAUGGCUAUGUCUUUGAGAGACUUACCUUGUCUUGUUCCCUCUUCCCUCUGCAUGUCUCUGUGUGUUUGGAAUAAGAGAUGGAAGGAGGAGAUUUCUCACCUGAAAUGCCCCUGCAUGUCUACAGGUGGGACCUGCACUGACCAGGACGUCCCUUCCGUAAUGACUAAGAAGGAGCCAGAAGACCUGGACCUGUUGGACUAUGAUUUUAUCCUGUCGAACAGCAUGCUUCAACAACAACAACAACAACAACAACAGCAGGAGGCCUUAAUGGCCAGCACCUCCAGAACUCUUCCGCCUUCACCUACGCCCUACCCCUAUCCGAUGCCCUCUCCUCAGGGACAAGAGUCCAGCAUGUUGUACAACAUCCCGGACAUCAGCGACGUAUCUCCCUCGGGAGGUUUUGUCGCCGAGUUGAUGAGGCCGGAGCUGGAUCCUGCAUAUCUUCAGCCCACGAGCCUCCACGGAAGGUUUGUGGUGAAGACCACCAUGGACAUGACCGAUUACAGCCAAGGGCUUAGUAAGGGAGGCUCAAUGUCGGACUCUUCCUCCCUGCCGUUUGCAUGUCCUAGGAUAAAGCAGGAGCAUCCUAGCACUUGUGGCAUCACCCGACCGAUGGAUCUCCAUCUGGGGGUGAACUCGCGGCCUGGAGUCAGCCAGAGACCGCUGCUGGAGCCUCAAGGUUUCAGCACGGCCCAAAGGGCCAUGGGGCCCAGUCGCUCUUCCACUUCCUCUCUGUCUCCGGACGAGCAUCCUCAAGCUCAGGUUCUGGGGCCCCCUCCGAUCUCCUUGGCCCCGGAAUAUCACCCCUCGCCGGGUUAUUCUGGCUUUCCACAGCCUCCCGCCCAGUCAAUGCAGUACCAAGAGCUGAUUUCUCCAGCCGAGGGUUUGCCUGAAGAGUCCAAGCCCAAGCGGGGUCGGCGCACCUGGCCGAGGAAGCGGAUAGCGUCGCACAUGUGUGACUACAUAGGCUGUGGCAAAACAUACACCAAGAGCUCCCAUCUCAAAGCCCACCACAGGACUCACACAGGAGAAAAGCCGUAUCACUGUGACUGGGAGGGAUGUGGCUGGAAAUUCGCCCGUUCGGACGAGCUCACGAGGCAUUACAGAAAGCACACGGGCCAUCGGCCGUUUCAGUGCCAGAAAUGCGACCGAGCCUUUUCCCGAUCCGACCACCUCGCGCUGCACAUGAAACGCCAUCUAUAACCAAGACUGGAAGACCCCCCAAAAAAGUCAAGAUAUUAAUGGACUAGUGAACCAUGUGUUGCCUUUGAACAAGAGUCAGUGAAACUAGAGCUCCAUGACAAGCUGUCGUCCACAGCAUCAGGGUUGGGACUUUUCGUGUUCGUUUUCUUGAUUUUUUAAGUUGGCCGAGAGAGCUCAACGUGCUGCAAAUGAAAAAACACAUGCAAAUUAAGAAAACAUC